AUGUCAAGAGCAGACGGACUACCGAGGAACGAAGAGCACUACACGAGGCGGACUGACAUUCUAGAGGAGAACUACUGCAGGAACCCUGAUAAUGAACCAGCUGCCUGGUGUUACACUACUUCCAGUAAGAGGUGGGACGUGUGUGGGGUCCUUACCUGCGCAGAACAGAGGGCGCAGGAGGUGUUGGAGACAGAGAGGGCCAGGGAGGAGGACGUGUUCCUGUUUGGGGAGAGUAAAAAGGCGACUGUGACUCUAGAGGGGGCUGGUGUGUAUAUAAUCCCACAGGAGAGUCUGCUCUUCUCGGAGACUCUGCGGAUAAACCUGGACCCGUUCUCUGAGUUCACCUCGGAACAGUUGUGGGAUGUACUGGAGAAGGUGGAGCUGAAGGUGUACGUUGCAGCACAGACCGGGGGUCUGGAGAUGAUGGUCCAGGAGGGAGGUGGGAACUUGUCUGCUGGUCAGAGACAACUGUUGUGUCUUGCUAGGGCACUCCUGAGGGAUAAAAAGAUCCUGGUUAUUGAUGAAGCUACUGCAAAUGUUGAUGAGAAACCAGAUCAACUGAUCCAAUCAACACUCCGGGACAAGUUCUCGGACUGCACUGUGCUUACCAUCGCCCACAGAAUUAACACUAUCAUCGACAGCGACCGAGUGAUGGUCAUGGACUCUGGGUUACUAGUUGAGUUUGAUCAUCCUGCGGUCCUGCUUAAAAACUCUGACAGCAUUUUCUAUGACCUAGUUAAGGAGACUGGUAUGUUUGAUGUACUGGUGGAACAAGCAAAUUCUAGUUUUAAUAACAAAUCAGAUAGUAAUCAAGCAAGUUACGUAGAUUCAGAUGCUUUUACCGAUGUUCCCAUUUAGAUCUUGAUAUCUGUUACAAACAGUUCUAUUAAGUUUUAUCGCUUAUUAUUUUUGAUUAAACAUUUUUUGAUUUUUUAAUUUUAAUUGAUCAUAUUUUAUGGUUGUUUAAAACUGUUUGUAUAAAUUAUUUUUUUGUGAUUAUCAUAUUUGAUUUUUGAGGUAUUAGGGCCGGAGGGAAGAAUAUUUGCCGUUGUCCCUCAUAUCAGAUCACUUCCGGCUGCCCAAUACCCCUAGGAAUCGGUCACAUAUCAGAUAAUCAAGACAUAAUCCUCUUUCCAUAAACUUAAAACUUAAUCACGCAGCGUCUUAUUUUGGGGCGCCUCCUCGACUGAUUACAUGAUAUGUGCACGACAGUUUUCAUUAUUUUUGUAU